AGGUUGGGAGCAGCUGAAGGCCCUGGUGGUGUAGAAUGCUUCGCCAUGGCCUAGGGAAGACCUUUCGCUUCCUGGGGUACACUGUGCAGUAUGGCUGCAUAGCACACUGUGCCUUCGAGUACCUUGGAGGAGUUGUGGUGUGUUCUGGACCUUCCAUGGAACCAACCAUUCAGAAUUCUGACAUUGUCUUUUCAGAGAACCUCAGUCGCCACUUCUAUUGCAUUCGCAAGGGAGACAUUGUAAUUGCGAAAAGCCCAAGUGACCCCAAAUCAAAUAUCUGUAAGAGAGUCAUUGGCUUGGAAGGAGAUAAAGUCUGCACAAGUAACCCCUCAGAUUUCCUUAAGAGUCACAGCUAUGUGCCUAAAGGACAUGUUUGGUUAGAAGGUGAUAACCUCAGGAAUUCUACAGAUUCCAGGUGCUAUGGACCUGUUCCCUACGGACUGAUCAGAGGACGCAUUUGUUUUAAGAUUUGGCCUCUGAGUGACUUUGGAUUUUUACGUGCAAGCCCCAAUGGGCACAGAUUUCUUGAUGAAUAAAAGAUUUAAGUUACUAGUCCCAAUUUUCAUAGUAUUUUCUACUAAAAUUAAUGGGCCUAUUUUUGU